CUUCAUCUCCCUUAUCUCCUAAAAUCAUCAAUAAUUAAAUCAAUGGCCGCCUCCUCCUCCUCCUCAGCAGCAGCAACUGAGCAAAAGAUGUUGAUCUUAAAAUCCUCCGACGGCGACGAAUUUCAGAUAGAAGAAAACGCCGCCGUUCAAUCCAUAACCAUAAAAAACAUGGUGGAAGACGAUUACACCGUCAUUCCACUCCCAAACGUCGAUACCAAAACCCUAAUCAAAAUUACGGAGUACCUAAAGACGCACGCCGACGAGAAGAUGAAGUCUAACGAAGAGGAAAUCAAAAAAUUCGAUAAGGAUUUCGUGAAGGAGAAGAGUUACAACGAUCUGUUUGAACUUGUAUUAGCUGCUAAUUACCUUGAUAUUAAGAGUUUAAUGGAUUUGUUAUGUCAGUCAAUUGCUGAUCGGAUUAAGGAUAAAUCGUAUAUGGCUGUUAGGAAGAUAUUUAAUAUCACAAAUGAGUAUACUGAAGCGGAAUUGGAAGAGGUUAAGAAGGAACAUGCUUGGGCACAUGAAGGAGUAGAAAUUGACGAUUCUACUAAUUAGGGUUUUGUUUAUGUUUUAACAUUUAAUUAAGGGGUUUUAAUUAGGUUUUUGGACAUUUUGUUGAUUGUUUAUGGCUUUUACUUUAGUUUUAUGUAGUUUAGGGUUUUGAGUUUUAGUCUUUAUAGAAUAUUAUGGAUUCUUG